GGGUUGUGAUGAGGCUCGGUCGAGACAAUAGAUAUAAAAAAGUACCUUGUAAACUGUAAAGAGAUCGUCAGACAUCAGGUGUAGGUUGAGGGCACCAUGUGAAGGAGUAGCAAGUGGGAGUGUUCUCAAUGCAUGUUAAUUCCCUGGGUUCUCCGGAAGAAGCCUGGACAGGGUGAGACUGGGAGAAAUGAGUGGAGGCCCCUGAAACGCUCCGUUUCCUUCUCUUCCUUCCCCUCAGUGUGGACAACAGAAACUGCAGCCAUGACCACCCACGUCACCCUGGAAGAUGCCCUGUCCAACGUGGACCUGCUGGAAGAGCUGCCCCUCCCUGACCAGCAGCCAUGCAUCGAGCCGCCCCCUUCCUCCAUCAUGUACCAGGCUAACUUUGACACAAACUUCGAGGACAGGAAUGCGUUUGUCACAGGCAUCGCGAGGUACAUUGAGCAGGCCACGGUCCACUCCAGCAUGAACGAAAUGCUGGAGGAAGGGCACGAGUACGCGGUCAUGCUGUACACCUGGCGCAGCUGUUCCCGAGCCAUCCCCCAGGUGAAAUGCAACGAGCAGCCCAACCGAGUGGAGAUCUAUGAGAAGACGGUGGAGGUGCUGGAGCCAGAGGUCACCAAGCUCAUGAAGUUCAUGUACUUUCAGCGCAAGGCCAUCGAGCGUUUCUGCAGCGAGGUGAAGCGGCUGUGCCAUGCCGAACGGAGGAAGGACUUCGUGUCCGAGGCCUACCUCCUGACCCUGGGCAAGUUCAUCAACAUGUUCGCUGUCCUGGACGAGCUGAAGAACAUGAAAUGCAGCGUCAAGAACGACCACUCUGCCUACAAGAGGGCGGCGCAGUUCCUGAGGAAGAUGGCAGACCCCCAGUCUAUCCAGGAGUCCCAGAACCUUUCCAUGUUCCUGGCCAACCACAACAGGAUCACCCAGUGUCUCCAUCAGCAACUCGAAGUGAUCCCAGGCUACGAGGAGCUCCUGGCGGACAUCGUCAACAUCUGUGUGGAUUACUACGAGAAUAAGAUGUAUCUGACCCCCAGCGAGAAGCACAUGCUCCUCAAGGUAAUGGGUUUUGGUCUUUACCUGAUGGAUGGAAAUGUCAGUAACAUUUACAAACUGGAUGCCAAGAAAAGAAUCAACCUCAGCAAAAUUGAUAAGUUCUUCAAGCAGCUGCAGGUGGUGCCCCUUUUCGGCGACAUGCAGAUAGAGCUGGCCAGAUACAUUAAGACCAGUGCUCACUAUGAAGAGAACAAGUCCAAGUGGACGUGCACCCAGAGCAGCAUCAGCCCCCAGUACAAUAUCUGCGAGCAGAUGGUUCAGAUCCGGGAUGACCACAUCCGCUUCAUCUCCGAACUCGCUCGCUACAGCAACAGUGAGGUGGUGACGGGCUCCGGGCUGGACAGCCAGAAGUCAGACGAGGAGUACCGCGAGCUCUUUGACCUGGCUCUGCGGGGCCUGCAGCUCCUGUCCAAGUGGAGUGCCCACGUCAUGGAGGUGUACUCCUGGAAGCUGGUUCACCCCACAGACAAGUUCUGCAACAAGGACUGCCCUGGCACGGCCGAGGAGUACGAGAGAGCCACGCGCUACAACUACACCAGCGAGGAGAAGUUCGCCUUCGUCGAGGUUAUCGCCAUGAUCAAAGGCCUGCAGGUGCUCAUGGGCAGGAUGGAGAGUGUCUUCAACCAGGCCAUCAGGAACACCAUCUACGCGGCCCUGCAGGACUUCGCCCAGGUGACCCUGCGCGAGCCCCUCAGGCAGGCGGUGCGGAAGAAGAAGAACGUCCUCAUCAGUGUCCUACAGGCAAUUCGGAAAACUAUCUGUGACUGGGAAGGGGGCCGAGAACCCCCCAAUGACCCGUGCUUGAGAGGAGAGAAGGACCCCAAAGGUGGAUUUGACAUCAAGGUGCCCCGGCGUGCCGUGGGGCCGUCCAGCACACAGGCCUGCCAGUGGUCCCCGCGGGCUUUGUUUCACCCCACUGGUGGCACACAGGGCCGAAGAGGCUGCCGAUCCCUGCUGUACAUGGUGCGGACCAUGCUUGAAUCACUCAUUGCAGACAAAAGCGGCUCCAAGAAGACCCUGCGGAGCAGCCUGGACGGACCCAUCGUCCUUGCCAUCGAGGACUUCCACAAACAGUCCUUCUUCUUCACGCACCUGCUCAACAUCAGUGAAGCCCUGCAGCAGUGUUGCGACCUCUCCCAGCUCUGGUUCCGAGAAUUCUUCCUGGAGUUAACCAUGGGCCGGCGCAUCCAGUUCCCCAUUGAGAUGUCCAUGCCCUGGAUUCUAACAGACCACAUCCUGGAAACCAAAGAACCUUCCAUGAUGGAGUACGUCCUCUACCCGUUGGAUCUGUACAACGACAGCGCCUACUACGCUCUGACCAAGUUUAAAAAGCAGUUCCUGUACGAUGAGAUCGAAGCCGAGGUGAACCUGUGUUUUGAUCAGUUUGUCUACAAGCUGGCGGACCAGAUCUUUGCUUACUACAAGGCCAUGGCUGGCAGCGUCCUGCUGGACAAACGUUUUAGGGCCGAAUGUAAGAAUUACGGAGUCAUCAUUCCGUACCCGCCGUCCAACCGCUACGAAACGCUGCUGAAACAGAGACAUGUCCAGCUUUUGGGCAGAUCGAUUGAUUUGAACAGACUCAUCACCCAGCGCAUCUCUGCUGCCAUGUAUAAAUCCUUGGACCAGGCCAUCAGCCGCUUUGAGAGUGAGGACCUGACCUCCAUCGUGGAGCUGGAGUGGCUGCUGGAGAUCAACCGGCUCACUCACCGGCUGCUAUGUAAGCACAUGACCCUGGACAGCUUCGAUGCCAUGUUCCGGGAGGCCAAUCACAACGUGUCUGCCCCCUACGGCCGCAUCACCCUGCACGUCUUCUGGGAGCUGAACUUCGACUUCCUCCCUAACUACUGCUACAAUGGGUCCACCAACCGUUUUGUCCGAACUGCCAUUCCUUUCACCCAAGAACCGCAAAGAGAUAAACCGGCCAACGUCCAGCCUUAUUACCUCUACGGGUCCAAGCCUCUGAACAUUGCCUACAGCCACAUCUACAGCUCCUACAGGAACUUCGUGGGCCCCCCUCACUUCAAGACCAUCUGCAGGCUCCUGGGUUACCAGGGCAUCGCUGUGGUCAUGGAGGAACUGCUGAAGAUCGUCAAGAGCUUGCUCCAAGGCACCAUCCUCCAGUACGUGAAAACACUGAUUGAAGUCAUGCCCAAGAUAUGCCGCCUGCCCCGACAUGAGUACGGCUCCCCAGGGAUCCUGGAGUUCUUCCACCACCAGCUGAAGGAUAUCAUCGAGUAUGCGGAGCUCAAAACCGACGUGUUCCAGAGCCUGCGGGAGGUGGGCAACGCCAUCCUGUUCUGCCUGCUUAUCGAGCAAGCUCUGUCUCAGGAAGAAGUCUGUGAUUUGCUCCACGCUGCACCCUUCCAGAACAUCUUGCCUAGAGUCUACAUCAAAGAGGGGGAGCGGCUGGAGGUCCGAAUGAAACGCCUGGAAGCCAAGUACGCCCCGCUUCACCUGGUCCCUCUGAUAGAGCGGCUGGGGACCCCUCAGCAAAUCGCCAUCGCUCGGGAGGGCGACCUGCUGACCAAGGAGCGGCUGUGCUGCGGCCUGUCCAUGUUCGAGGUCAUCCUGACCCGCAUCCGGAGCUACCUGCAGGACCCCAUCUGGCGGGGCCCGCCGCCCACCAACGGCGUCAUGCAUGUGGACGAGUGCGUGGAGUUCCACCGGCUUUGGAGCGCCAUGCAGUUCGUGUACUGCAUCCCCGUGGGGACCAACGAGUUCACGGCUGAGCAGUGUUUUGGAGAUGGCUUGAACUGGGCCGGCUGCUCCAUCAUCGUCCUGCUGGGCCAGCAGCGUCGCUUCGACCUGUUCGACUUCUGUUAUCACCUGCUGAAAGUACAGAGGCAGGACGGGAAGGACGAAAUCAUUAAGAAUGUGCCCCUGAAGAAGAUGGCAGACAGGAUCAGGAAGUACCAGAUCCUGAACAAUGAGGUUUUUGCCAUCCUGAAUAAGUACAUGAAGUCUGUGGAGACAGACAGUUCCACCGUGGAGCACGUGCGCUGCUUUCAGCCGCCCAUCCACCAGUCGCUGGCCACCACCUGCUAGGCGGGAAGUCCUGCAAACCCCUCGGCCUGGAGGAGGAGGAGAAGCAGGAGAGAGAAAGCCAUGGCCAGCCUGUGACAGGGUCUGGCUGGACAGCAUGUGGGAUGGACCCAGAAGCAAAUGAGAGCCUCCCCAGACACAUCUGCACCUCCCAAGGGCUGGGCCUGCAUGCUCUCCCAUCACAUCUCCAUGGUGGUUCCUCCAUAGUGUACAUGAAAAAAAAAAAGGAAAGAAACAGGGCAAUAUGUGCUUUUUUUUCUUUUUUCCCCUCAACUGUGUUAAGAGCCCUAGUUUCACCCUUAAUCUCGUGGUUCCCCACAUCUGUGGUUGCUUUCCAGGACCUCCUUCCUAAAUGGUGACCUCCUACCCAAUGCCCAGCGCAACCCCAGGACUGAAGCCUUAGAGGUGGAGAGCAGAGUGUGGCCAUGCCCCGGGACGUCAGCCUGGCCUGAUGGGCAUGCCCCCCUUACUAGCGUCUUCACCUCCUCUGGCUCCCUCCCCCAACUUCCCAAGAUGGCACCCUCUCCUACUCUGGAUGCCAGGGAGUCCACCACCGCGAGCACUCCUGGACCAUGCACUGAGAGCCGUGGUGAACGGGAGGCGAGGACCCGGUAUCAGCACUGUGGUAGAUGGGGUCGUGGGUUGCCUCUGGUCUUCCAUGGGCUCCCCAAACCGUGUCCUAACUCCCCUCUCAGGAUAUUCCUAGAGAGCAUUCAGAAAUGCAUUCACAGCUGAAUCCCACUAAUUAGUGUGGAAUGGGAUUAGGAGCACGGUUAGGCCCUCUGGAUGGAAGUAGUAUUUAUGAACCCAGCCAGGAAUUCCACAGGCCUAAACAGAAGGCUCUCAGGCCAUCUCAUCAGCUUGGUGGAGACUGGGUCCUCUAUUCACUGAGCGAGUACUUAGCACUGAGUCACUGGGGCUCCAGCUUUGAACAGGCCAGGCAUGCACUGCCCACAGCAUUAGCCAGCAGCCAAAUUAGGGGCUACUUCUUGGCACAGACUCUCUCAUCAAGGAAGACCCUCACAAGAAAGACUACAUUAAGGAGUUAUUUUAACAGAAGCUAGAAACAUCUUGGGGUCAGGGAGGUAAGGAGUAUAAAUAAUACUUGUCAGUGUGCUUUUAAUUCUAAAAUACGCCUCUAAGAGGAGUCCUGGUUUAGUGAACAGGACUUUCAGUGUCCAAGAAGCUGAAAGAUUCUGGAGACAUUUUAUCUUUUACUCUCAACUCAAUGUUCCUUAACUUAGAUUUUGAGGGGUGGGACAUAUGUCACAGGGACAUGUCUACUUCCAUUUCUCAAACUGAACCAAAAUUCCUUGCAGAAUCUCCCCCCAAGAAAUGGGGAGACUGUGUAGAAGGAUGGAAGCCUUUGGGAAGUGAAUGUCUCAUUGCAGAGCCUCACCAUCAAAGGGCAUCUGUGAGCCUGAGCUUGUAAGAACAUAUAAAGUGAGACAUUUGAUUUCUCCCUCAGCCCAGGAAGGAAAGGAGAGAAAAUAGAAGGAUAAUGAUCCUCUCCCUCAGGGCAGAAGAAUGGGAAUGAUUACCAUUAACCAGAUGGCCCAUUUCAACCGUAUGGCAAGAGCAAAGACGUGUCCGUAGCAAGAGGUUUGUGUGAUACACUCACGCUCUCCAGAGAGGGGAGAGGUGGGGCUCGCCAAGUGUGGUCCAAAGGCCACCUCCAUCAGGACCUCCUGAGGUUGUUACCUGUGAUGCAGGUUCCUGGGCCCCACCCGAAACCCACUAAUUCUGCAACUUUGGGAGCAGGAUUGAGAAAUCUGCACUUCCCACAAGCUGAAUUGUGCUGCCCGUGGAAGUCUGAGGACCAUGCUGCAGAGUGCCCCCAGCACUGCUUACCCUGGGCUUUGAGCUCCCUCUGAGCCAGGAAGAGACACCUGUAGGGCAGGAAAGUGGGUCAGGGUGGAAGCUGUUGGGCCCUCCUGUCUGGAGCUGUCACGUCCUGUUCUGAUUUCUCAUUUUUCCCUCUUGAUGAUCAUAGAUGAGUCCCAGAGGCAAAAGCGAGUUGUUAUACCACAAGGGAGAACUACACAAUAAAACCCACGGUCAAAGACCACAGGACAUUUCUAAGCUCCGGAGCCUUCAGUCCUGUCUGGGGACAGUCCCUGGCUCAUGCUUUCAGAUAGAUGACUGGCUGUUAGGUCCUGGAGAUCGUUCCAAACCCUUGACCACUGCUUUAUGGAGAUUUGGAUCGUCCAUUUGAUGAGAUUGCUAUUUCAACCACCCGCCCCUCCCACCCUGAAUUUGACCCUCUGGGUAGAAUCCCAUUAUCCUCAAAAGAUUUGAUCCCAGUAAAUUGAGGUCUUCGCCUUCAGGAGAGACAUUUCAUUUCCCUGGCUCACCAGCAGCAUUUAUGAACACCGAACAGGUUUAACAUUCUCUCCUUCCUGGUGUUACUGCCCCCUUUUGAUUUUUUGUGUAUCUAAGAACCAGGAAAAAAAAAAUCUUAGGUUUUAAAAAGUUAAAAAUAAAUGUUUCAGAAACUGUCAAAUGUACCAUAUUUGUAUUAAGAGUUGUGGGAGAUUUUUGUACAAUGAAUCUACAUUUAUUUAUGGUGACUUAUAUUUACGCUUGUGAUCAGAUAAUGUUGUUAAAUUCUUAAAUCAUAUUUGCUAUGCAGCUGAAGAUGAUAUUUUGCUUUGUAUUUUUGGGGUACCUGUGUUAAGUUGAUAAACAUUUCCAUCUCCAUUAAAACUGCUUCCAAACCAGUGAAA